UUUUAUAACAAUUAUUUUAAACAUUAUACUAAUGUUGAUUUCUUAUUGAUGAAUAGUGUAAAUAGUUUUACAUUCAUUAUUAUUAAACCAUCUAUUUAUUCUGUCAAAUUCUACCUUAAGCAAUAGAAGGGAAAAGAAAUUAUAGUGAUAUAAGAAAAUUUGUGGCUAUAACUAGGCACUAUUUUGAAAUCUAAGAGCAGUUAGAAUUCUUUGUCAUUUUUCAAAGCACAGAGACCAAAUCAUUUUUCAAAUGGGGCGUUGGAUGAAACCUGAGAUUUACCCUUUAGUGGGAGCCAUGGCCUUUGUGACCAGCCUGGUCGUCUUUCAGCUAACAAGGAAUGUGCUCACGAACCCUGAAGUUAGGAUUAACAAACAGCGACGAAGUAUGGCAGUGUUGGAAAACAAAGAAGAGGGAGAGAGAUAUGCAGAGCAUGGUCUGAGGAAGUUCCUUCGUACUCGACCACCUGAGAUUAUGCCCACCAUCAACCACUUCUUCAGUAACGAUGAUAAAUGAAUCAUUGUCAUAUACAAUGUUAAAAUAAUUCAUCAGAUGAGAGAAUAAUAAUCAAAUUAUAUUGUUGGCAAGGGGUGGUUAAAUUAAUGUUUUGUGUCUUAUGAUGCAUCACUCUUUAAUUGUGUUUGUUUUUAUUUUUAUUUUUUAUUUGUCUCGUUAUUUGUGUUAAUUCUUUUUGGUGUGUUAGGCUUCUAAUGUAUUGGAGUUUUAAUCGAGUUGGUGCAUAUUUUGUUCAAUUUAAGCCAUCUUUUGUGAAUCAUAUAUUUUACUUGUCAAAAGAAAUAAUCCAAGUAUAUUUUGUAAUCCUCAACUUAACACCCA